AUGGCCCCUUCCAAGCCCCUUCCCCUCCAGGAUGAGUGGGACGACGUCGACUCGUACAUCGACGCCCUGCUCUCGUUCGCAACAUCAACGCCCCUGUUUCUAAACCUCUGCGGCGGCGUGCACAUCCUCGACUUCCUCACCAGCACGCCCGAUCUCUAUACGACCUUGCUCCCGCAAGAAUGGCGCGACUUCUUCCACGCACACGAUCUGUACGACAUCCUAGACUUGAUCUUGGCCGACGAGCUCGCUCAAUUCGAACGCCCCGGCGGCCUGGGAUGGAACCAGGAAGCAGGCAGGCAGUGGAAGAAUGGCCCUCUACCGCCGUCCUCGCUGCUAGACUACAUUCGCAACAUUCGCCGUCUGAGCCUGAAACGGGAUUUCACCUCGACGCUCCCACCGCGCGCCAGUGCAAUUCCGCGCCGCCUUGCAGUGGGCAUGAAAACGAAGAAAUUGCAUGAAGUCGAGUACUUCUCCAAGUAUGUCGACUCCUUUUCUACCGCCGUCUCGGAAACGCGCGGUGAACCAGUCACGCAUAUAGUCGAUUUCGGCUCCGGUCAGAACUACCUGGGUCGAACACUGGCUCACUCUUAUAACCGGCAUAUAAUUGCCAUUGAGCGCAAGCAUGCAUUCAUUAAGGGAGCGCAAGGAAUGGAUGUGCGUGCCAGGUUGGUGGAGAGGAAGAAGAAGGAAUUUCCCCCCCAAAAAGAGGAAUAUCAGGCAAAACAGAAAAAGGCCCAUGACGAGGAAGCUUUAUUAAAUAAGGUUGGAGACGAUGCAUGCACAACAUGUCCACCAAAAGCAGAAGAACCAGAGCAGCCACAAGAAGAGGACAAUGACAGCACCAUGUUCACCGUAUUCAAAGACCUUGACCUCAGCGCUGACGACUUGCCAUCUUUCCCGGCUAGUUUUGGCCAAAAGGCCAAAGACGAGGAAGUCCCAAGGCUGCGAGGCGCAAUAGAUUACAUCGAACACAACAUAAAAGACGGAUAUCUCGAGCCCAUCAUCCGACAUGUCGUUGAACCAAGCCCCGUCAAGGGCGAAGGCGAAGAAGAUGGAAGCGACGCUCGCGUCAUGGUCGUCUCGCUCCAUUCAUGCGGCAAUCUUCUUCACCACGGCAUCCGCUCUCUCGUCCUCAACCCAUCCGUCGUCGCAAUAGCCAUGAUCGGAUGCUGCUACAACCUGCUCACCGAACGCCUGGGACCAGCAACCUACAAGCUCCCCGUCCUACGGCACAUGCACCAAAGACUGGUAACCACGUCUAACGGCUACGACCCACACGGCUUCCCCAUGUCGAACCUCUUCGAGCAAUACCCGCAUCGCAGCGGCGGCACAGGAAUCAAAUUCAAUAUCACCGCGCGCAUGAUGGCCUGCCAGGCCCCAUUCAACUGGUCGCGCGAAGACACCGAGGCAUUCUUCACACGCCAUUACUACCGCGCUGUUCUCCAGCGAUUCUUCGCUGAUCACGGCAUCAUACCGAAACCGCAGCUGGCGACCUUUGAAGCCUUGGCGCGCGAUGCUUCUUCUCCCACCGCCCAAGAUUAUGACAACAACAACAACAGCGAAAAAGACAACUGGAAAAAAGCACCCGCCGUCGUAAUCGGAUCACUGAGAAAGACCGCCUACCACUCAUUCGUCGCGUAUGCAAAAGCCGCCAUGACAAAACUAUCCAAGGACCCGGCCCACAGAGACAAAAUGAGUCGGUUGAUGGAUGAAACGUCGACGGAGGAAUUGGAAAGAUAUGUCUCUGAAUACGCGUAUGCGAAGAAGAAUAUUAGCUUGGUCUGGGUUUUGAUGGCGUUUAGUUCUACGUUGGUCGAGGCUAUGAUUGUGAUUGAUCGCUGGCAGUUUCUUAGAGAGCAUGUGGCUUUGGGGCUGGUGAAGGAGUGCUGGGUUGAGCCAGUGUUUGAUUACGCUCAGAGUCCGAGGAAUUUGGCCGUGAUUGGCAUUAAAAAUUAG